AUGACCCUUCUUCGUGCUCUCGUGGCUGCAGGCCCGUCCGCCCGCGUCGUCGCGACCCGCGUUGCGACCCCGCGCACCUCUGCGCUGCUGGCUCGUCGCCUCAUUUCUACAACACCCUGCCGCCAUGCUGUCGACCCCAACCUGAAGCGGACGGAGCCAGGAGACUACCUGCCUGACCCAGUUGCGCCUCGCUCACCGGGCAUCAAGACCGCUAUGCUUUCUGCUGCUGACGAGCCGGGGAAGGACUUCGACCCCUACAAGGACGGCCCGAGUGCCAUUGACAAAGCCGUCCACCUCUUCUUCUUCACCGAGAUUAUUAGAGGCAUGUGGAUCGUUUUGGAGCAGGUCUUCAGACCACCGUACACGAUCAUGUAUCCAUUUGAGAAGGGCCCCCUAUCCCCUCGCUUCCGUGGAGAGCAUGCUCUGAGGAGAUACCCGAGCGGCGAAGAGCGAUGUAUUGCCUGCAAGCUUUGCGAGGCCAUCUGUCCGGCGCAGGCCAUCACCAUCGAGAGUGAAGCGCGGUUGGAUGGCUCGAGGCGGACUACUCGUUAUGACAUUGACAUGACGAAGUGCAUCUACUGCGGCUUCUGUCAGGAGGCUUGUCCCGUGGACGCGAUCGUAGAGACGCAAAACCAGGAGUUCUCGACCGAGACCCGCGAGGAGCUGAUGUACAACAAAGAAAAGCUCCUUGCGAACGGCGACGCAGCGGAGGCAGAGAUCGCAGCUAACCUGCAAGCGGACCACGUUUAUCGGUGA